GUUUUUAUAGUAUCUCUGAUGGUACUCAAUUCUAUCGAUUUGAAGUAGAGGAGAAGUCCCAAAAUGGCGAUGGACGGUAUGUCCACGUCUACAUCAGGACUAUCAUAUCACAAUGACGGGGACUUUUAUCCAAGAAAAUUCGGUUCCAAGCCGGACGUGGUUCCGUCUGGGGUGACUGAGAGGAAAGUUGGUCCCUUGGAUAAACCUGACAUGGUGGCGGUGGACGUUAUCAACAACGAUUCAGAUAUCCCAAUGCACAGAAAAAAACAAGAAACUGACACGUAUGUGCUGGGCACUAUACACCCAUUCCGGAAGACGCACAGGUCCUUAUUUGGAAAACUCUCUCAAGAAUUCCGCUUGGUGACUUCAGACAGACGGUCUUGGAGGAUCCUGGUUUUCGGCUUGCUGAACCUCCUUUGUACCGGCUGUCUGCUGCUGUGGUGCAGCUCCACCAACAGUAUGGCCUUAACCGCAUACACAUACCUCACCAUCUUUGACCUCUUCAGUCUAAUCACAUGCCUGCUGAGCUCUUGGGUGGCCAUGAAGAAGCCUAGUCAGCUCUACUCUUUUGGGUUUGAGCGGAUGGAGGUCCUGGCAGUCUUUUCCUCCACAGUACUGGUGCAGCUGGGAGCUCUGUUCAUCCUAAAAGAAAGUGUGGAGAGAUUCAUGGAGCAGCCAGAGGUGCAUACGGGUCGUCUGUUGGUGGGGACCUUUGUGGCUCUGUUCUUCAACCUGCUAACUCUGCUGUCCGUGAAGAACAAGCCCUUUGUCUACGUCUCAGAAGCUGCCAGCACCAGUUGGCUCCAGGAGCAUGUCGCAGACCUGAGUCGAAGCCUGUGUGGGAUCAUCCCUGGCCUCAGCAGUGUCCUCCUUCCUCGGAUGAAUCCCUUUGUCCUAAUCAACGUGGCCGGAGCGCUCUCACUUUGCAUCACCUACAUGCUCAUUGAAAUCAAUAAUUACCAUGCUGUGGACACAGCCUCGGCAGUGGCCAUUGGCCUCAUGAUCUUUGGCACCAUGUAUCCCAUGAGUGUGUACAGUGGGAAGGUGCUCCUUCAGACCACUCCCUCCCAUGUCAUCGGUCAGCUUGACAAACUGCUCAGAGAGGUCUCCACUCUGGACGGGGUCCUGGAGGUCCGUAAUGAGCACUUCUGGACGGUGGGCUUCGGCUCUCUGGCUGGCUCCGUCCACGUCCGGAUACGCCGGGAUGCCAAUGAGCAGAUGGUGCUGGCCCACGUGACCAACCGCCUCUUCCCCCUCGUGUCCACGCUGACGGUUCAGAUUUUCAAGGAUGACUGGAUUCGGCCUUCCCUCGUGGCCGGAGCGCUCCCAGCCGGCGCACACAGCGCCACUGACUAUGGGGGCAUGUCCAGCUUUGUCCCUCCUCCCCACAAACCCUCGGAGGACACGGACCCCCUCACCUCCACCCCAUCCAAACCCAGCAGCCCUCCGCCAGAAUUCUCCUUCAACACCCCAGGGAGGCAUGUUCAGCCUGUGGUGCUCCCCAGCGCCCAGUCCCACAGGCCCUAUGGCAUCGGCCUUAACUACGGAGCCUCUCCCUAUGCGAGCAUGCUCAACCAGGGCCUAGCUCGGCCAGAGAAUGGGCUGGGGAUUGGGAUGCACUUGGGAAUGGGUACAGGGAUGCCUUCUUCACAACAAGGCUACAGAACUGCCUUAGGUACGGCACCACAGCGAUUUGGAAGCAACCCUCUCCCAUCACAGUACAGCCAGUACAGACCCUGAGGUUUAGCACGGGAGGUGGAAUGUUCACAGAGAGAGUAUGUUAUGGUAUUUAUUUUGACGGGCCAGGACAUCCAUUCCGACUUUGGUGGAUUUUCUAUCUUUAUAUAUUUUUUUGUACUAUUCUAUAACCACAUUAGUUGGAAAUGAACUGUAGGCCUGUGUUCUAUGUGGCUUCAAAAGGAAUUAAAUCCAAUUUCUCCAUUUUUCUUGUGUUACAGCCCUAAUUUAAAAUGCAUUAAAAUGAGAGGUUUCAUUAAUCUACACACACUAUCCCAUCAUUUAAAGGAAACAUUUUUUUUUUUGAAAAUGUUACAAAUUAAUAAAAAUGAAAAACGGUUAUGUCUUGUGUGAAGUGUUCAACCCAUUUCUUUUGCCAAGCCUUAAUACAUUCAGGAAUAAACCGUUGCUUAACCAUCACAUGAUAACUUGUAUGGACUGACUGUGUGUAAUAAUUAACCUUAUGUACCCCACUCAUACAGUAAAUUAUCUGUAAGAUCCCCAAUCAAGUAGUGAAUUUUGUCACAUAGUCAAGCGUAAAGAGAAGGUUUUCCAGUCUCUUGAAAUAAAAGGCACUGAUUGCUAGUUGGGUAAGUCUCUAAAAAACCUUACAUGAAAUAUUCAUUCCAGCCUGGUAAAGCUAUUGAUUAAGUUUGGGUAUCAUAUCAGUUCCUACAAAGAUACAGGCGUCCUUCCUAACUCAGUUGCUGGUGAGGAAGUCAACUAUUAAAAAGUCAAGUUUAGAAGUUAGUUUAUCUGAGAUUGAUUGUUUGUUGUCCAAAAAAUACUAAUGUGGGCACUAAAUUACAUAAUGAAUAUUUGGAAUAUUAAGUUAGAAAUAUGGAUUGGUUUGAAGCCAAAAAUGUAUGAGCCCCCAAAACCACCUCUGCUCUACUGAGGUUUUCCCACAUACAGCUUGCAAGGCAUAUUACAUUAGCUAUGUUAGUCUGCUUUACUUCUGCUAACAAUGUAAAGCUGUAGAUCCACAUAAUCCACGUAAUCUACCAAAAAUAUGAAUUGUACCAUUACACACAACAUAUCUGAAUCGAUAUGUGUAAUUCCUUGACUUUGGAGAAAAAGCUUUUCCGAGGACAUUAUAAACAAUAUAGGUGUAAAAUUGAGUUGAAUCUACUUUAGAAAAUGUAUCACUAUUAUUCACAAUUGAAUUUAAUAGAUAUAACUUUAAUAUUUGAAUGAAAAUAUAUUGAAUUAACUAUCCAAGUCUCAUUAAUGACCUUUCUUGUUGAUACUUUUAUUCAUUUGUCUGCUUUAUCAGGAAUGGGUGAACAAAAUGCUCUCCCAUUCCUGAUCAAUUUCAUCAAACAUCUAUUUGAUGUGUACAAUUAUCAUGAAGUCUAUGUUGAAUCAUCCACAAUCCUCUGACCAUCGGACCAUGAGGCCCUUUGCUGGGAUAACUACAAAUACAUUUUUAAAAUUGAGUAAUUCAAAUAAGCGUUCUGUCUUUAUAUAUGACGUACAUACAUCUUAAGGAAAAUGCAAUACUCUACCUUUCUCCUCCAAAGACUGUUUGAGACUGUAUCCUAAACGCCCUACCUACUGUACACAUGAAAGUAAAAUAGACCAUCACAACAACUGUAGUAAGUCAAAGCUUUGAUGGAAAAUCUUACUCCACCCCCAUGCUACUGGAACGACCCCGCAUGGCUGUGAUUUUUGACCAACAUCCAACGCAAGGCGCAUUGUAUUGCAUCCACUUUUGGAAGGUGGUUAAAUGUCAGAGUUUAUUUGGCACUGUUGCUCAGCACACCUUUGUGUGAAAUCUAACCAGCUCUGCAUCAGUGAGUACCACUCUUCAUAUUUUCCCGCAGGUUGGAUCAUGUGGGUAUUCCUGUCAUUGGCAAGGACUGGGGAGGUUUUUGUUCUUCAUCAAUGAAACGAAAUAGAGCUGUGCUCAGGAAAAAUACGAGAGGGUCCUGGUUCAAUCUGUUUGUCUGUAGACACCGGAAGAUAAAUUCACAGACGGUUACACAGGACACAGGGCCAAAUCUACAGUCAUUGCUUUGUAGGUGUGAGAACUCCCUACAAACUUACCAAAAAGAAUCACCUUUCAUUUUAUAUUACUUUGUCGUUAGAGAAUGUUUCUUGGAUAAUGAAGACCAGUGCAUUUUUAUUUUUAUUGUAAUGCAACAAAAUGUGGGGGGAAAAAUCAAGGGUUGAAUACUUUUCAAAGGCACAAUAUGUAAUUUACUGUACCAGUUAACAUUUUUGUUAUGUUUGAGAACUGUGGAGGAUCUCUGGAUUUUGUACCAUCAAUGUGAUUCCAACAUGAAUUCACCUUUAUUAUUCUCUUGGUCAAGAUGGACGGUGUACUGUGACUGUUCCUACCUGUGGUGAUAUUUUUGGUUAGAAAACACUCGCCUAAAGUAGUGUAAUACAUAUGAUGGGAUAAUACUGUACAUUGAAUCUUUUAUAUGUUUUGCCAUGUAACUACUGCAUUACAAUCAUUUUGAUACACUUUAUUUCUUUAUUCCAAUUUAUUUGUGAGGGAGGGAUCUGUUUUUUGUCUUAUUUUUUUUUUAAACAUCUGUAAUAAAUUACACAAAACCUU